UCAUGGGGACGGUAUGAGAGCGAGGCCGCUGGUGGAGCUCGCAGCUCUUUCCUGCUGUUGAGAGGGAGGUGCUCGAUCUGGCCCCGCUGCUCUCAACCUUCUCCGAGACGGAUGAUCAGAACAGAAAGGGCCGUCAGAAUCUGUGAAUAUUUUACUUUACAACAGUCACCGCGUUUACAGUGACCCUGGGAUUUCUAGUCGACGCAGCUCCAUGGUGACCCGAUACUGAUUUUAAAGAGGAGGGCAUUCACUGGUUCAGGACUCUUGCUGCACAAGCAGGACUGAAAGAUGUGCAAUGGAAUGGUAGCGUGUGAGACGAGAGCCUCGCUCGCUCACGGGGUGGCCUCCACAUCCCUGCUCCUCCUCCUCGCCAUGCUCCCCACAGGCCAAGCUUCAGGUUGUCCCAGACCCACAGUUGUGCCUCAUGGCCGUGGUAACCUGACGGAAAUGAACCGUGGCUCCUUCUCUGUUGGCACGCUGCUCCAGUACAGUUGUGAUCCAGGAUACACGUUGGACGGCGUAAGCAUGAUCUCAUGCACCGUCACUGGCCAAUGGUCCUCUAACCCACCUCGCUGCAUCAAAAAUGAUGGUAUGUAUGAUGUCUGCCAGCCACCAAGUGAGCCAGAAAACGGAGGGUACAACUGCCACCCGUCGCCAUGCCACAGACUGACCCAGGGUACCGUGAUUGAGUACUUUUGUGAUGAGGGUUACAUCCUGAAAGGAGGCUAUCAGUUCCGAACCUGUGAAAGCGGAGAGUGGAAUUCGCCCAUGCAGAUCAGCUGUCACCCUGUGCAAGGGGAGGAGCAGCACUCUUCAUUGCCCAUGCCAGCUCUCUCUAUUGUGGCCUCUACUGCUAGUUCUGUUGCCCUCAUCCUUCUGCUGGUGGUGCUGUUUGUUUUGCUUCAGCCAAAACUCAAGUCCUUCCAUCACAGCCGCCGGGAGCAGGGUGUGUCAGGACAGCACUCCUCCAUGAUGGUGGGGGGUGUUCAGGUGUCGCUGCCCUCCUAUGAAGAGGCUGUGUACGGGGCGGGCGGCACUUCUGUACCUCCUCCAGAGUCGCGGGUGCAGAUCGUGCUGUCGGAGGGCCCUCAAGCUGAGGCUUUGCAUGAACCUCUGGAACAGGCUCAGGCGAGCUACAGUUUCCCUUCCACCUCCGCUGCUGCGAGCUCUUGUCACGCAGAGACUGUACUGGUUCACCAGGUGGCCUGUUCCUCCUCUCCCUCCUCCUCUUCCUCUCCCUCCUGGGCUGUUGAGCAGCCUGGUGCCGCUGCGCCUCUCCACCGCCAGCAAAGCAGCGAGAGCAGCGACCAGCACAGCCUGCUUUCAGUCACCUCUGCUGAAGACUAUGGCGAUGAUAUUCCAUUGCUAAAGGAAGCCUGAGUCUGUGUGCAUUCGCCCCUCUCUCUGUCAUCGCUGGCCAGGACUAUAAAACCCUUAAAAGCUUCUCACCAAACACUCGCCCUUCCCACAGCCACCUGAAAUGCGACCCGUCAGCUGUCCCUCAGCCAACAAAAUUGCCCGCCUUGGGGGUCUGCAAGCUAUGGGGUCCAACAGCUCUCUACACCGGACGACCCUUUAAAGGGAUGCGCAAAUGCUCAAGUUUAACACGUUGCACCUUUUCUUGCAGGUGUGCUCAUAAUCAGUUGCACUCACAGGCUUACCUCGUCACGGCGAGGAUUCGCUAAUUACAAACGAAUGCAUUCAGAUUACGUGAUGGACGUCCGCUCCGUCAAUGACUGUGACCUCUUGCGAAAGAGAGAGUUCAGCAAGGAUUUGCUAAGUCAGGCCCUUUUCUCUUUGAUGCUGCAUGUUCUGUGCAAUUUUUUUACAUUUUCUUUUCUGUUUCUACACGCGCGUACACACAGGAGCACGGCAUCAAAGCAUGACACACGGCACCAUCUCCACGCUUUGACCUUGUGCGAGACGCAGGGUUAAACCCAUUUGCAUUGUACUGCAUUCAAAUACAUGCUUGCCUUUUUUUAUUUGUCCAGAUGUACCUGUGCUGUGCUCUGCGUGUGUGUAUGUGUGUUUCUGAUGCCUGUGUGACUGUGGCUGUUGUGAUUCGAAGAGGGCUGAAGCAUCACCUAGGCUUUUUUUGUCCCCAAAAUAGGAAACCUUUUUGGAUACCUCCAUCUUUUUAUAAUUGAAAUGUUAUUUAAGUAGAAUGGAUGUUCCUCGUCUACAUGUCUGUUCGUCUAAAGUGAGGGAGAUAAACUUCUGAGAUCAAGGAGAAAUAGUUUGAUCUUAUUUCUUAAUUUGAAAGCAAGUAUGUCUCCCUCAUGUUUAUGUGUUGCACGCACAAGUAAAAAAAAAAGCAAUUUUCUUUUUUUAAUCACUUUUAUGUUCAUUUUCCAGAAGGACUUUGGUGGAUUGCGGAGAAGGUCUAUUGCUGAGCUGUACAUUAUGAGCUUUGACUAAUACCAUUUGUUUUAUAAUUUAAGGAAGUUUAAUUCACUUUUAAUUUGUGGAACUAAAAUGAAACCACACAUGUGGCGGAUAUUUUAAAGAUCACUGUCAAGGAUAGAAGCAUCCUUCGCUUUUUUAGUUUUUUAGUGCCAUCUGUUCUUGAGAUGGUAUUUGAAAAGAGAGUUAAUCAGAUAUGCCAUCAGAAAUGGGUUGUACAUUGUUUUAAUGCACCGUGAAUCAGAUUUUGCACCAUUUUGCAUCUUUUGAAAAAGUUGAGCCGAUUGGAAUGUCAUCACUUAAUUGAAUGGGUGUUAUUAGUGGUUAUCAGCUAAUAGAUAUGGGCCAGUUGGGGCCUUCUGUGCUUACUGGUAGGCUCAGAAGUCUCUUAUGAUUAAUCAGCGAUAUAUCAUAUGACUGUAAUUAAUGAGAAUCAUUUAUAUUAUUUAUUAAAUUUCCCAUUAAUUGUAUUUAAUUAACGUCUCCCCCAUCCCUAAAUCCUACCAUCACAGUAAUUUAAAAACAGAUCUAGAUCUGGAGUCUUCACUACUAUUAUAACUGAUAAACCACAAGAAUUAUUUAUGUUAUUCUUAAAAUUUCCCAUUAAAUUGCAGCACGGUGGCGCAGUAGGUAGCACGAUCGCUUCACAGCAAGAAGGUCGCUGGUUCGAGCCCCAGCUGGGUCAGUUGGCAUUUCUGUGUGGAGUUUGCAUGUUCUCUCUGUGUUCAUGUGGGUUUCCUCCAGGUGCUCUGGAUUCCCCCACAGUCCAAAGACAUGCGCUGUAGGUGAAUUAAAAUAUUCUGUAGUGUAUGUGAGUGUGUGCAAGAGUGUGUAUGGGUGUUUCCCAGUGUUGGGUUGCGGCUGGACGGGCAUCUGCUGUGUAAAACAUCUGCUGGAUAAGUUGGCGGUUCAUUCCGCUGUGGCGAUCUCUGAUUAAUAAAGGGACUAAGCCGAAAAGAAAAUGAAUGAAUGUAAUUUCCCAUUAAUUGUAUUUUAUUAUCGCCUACCCCAACCCUAAACCCAACCGUUUCAGUAAUGUAAAAACAGAUCUUGAUGUGGAGUCUUCUCUAUAUUAGUAUAGCGGGUUAACCAUGUGGAUGGAUAAUAACAGCCUUCUGAGCCUACCAGUAGGUGUAGAAGGACCCUACUGGCCCAAAUCUAUCAGCUGAUAACGCCUAUUCAAUUGAGUAAAUCGGGUAAAAAGUUAGCUGUUGACUUGGAAAAAUCUGGUGAUUUAGGAUUUAUAUUUGUGUUUGAGCAACAACGAAUUCUACCAAAUUAAAAAUCCAAAUGUCAUUUUCAGCAUUUGUUUUUUUUCAGAGAAGUAACCAGAAAAUAAUUUUUCAGACAUAUUUAUAUUAACGUCUCGACGUUUAAAGAGUUAAGAAGUCAAUAUUUGGUGCAAUAAGCCUGGAUUUUUAAUCGAAACAAAAAAAAAAAUAAUUUGUUGUUCUGAUUAACUCUCUUUUUUAAAAUUACUAUUUUUUUAUUUGAACUUUUAAGAAAAUCAGUCCAGGAUACUUAAACCCAUAACUAAUAAAUCCAAUUAAUCCACAAAAACUGAGAUUUUAUAAGAAUUUAAAUUAUUUCUGUUUUAAUUUCAAAACAGCUGCAGAAAAUGGCCUUGUUCUUCACUCGUGAUGUUCUUUUGGCAAACGUACAUUUGAAAAACCAAUGAAUCUUUUGUUUAAGAUGCUUUUUCUUCGUGUUUUACAUCCUUGUCCAUUGGACUUUGCCACUUCGUAUGUAUAUUCCCUUGUGUUUGGUGCGAGAUUCUGAUGUUUAUCAUCAUGCAUCAAAUAUAUAUAUAUUUUGUGUGUCUGACUUUGGAGAGAGAGAGAGAGAGAGAGAGAGAGAGAGAGAGAGAGAGAGAGGGCAAAUUUGCCUGUCUGCACAUCCUCAGUUGAGUGUUCCUGGCUUGUUUCUGUAUAUUGAUUUUUUUUUUUUUGGUUUUGUUCAUGCAAACUGAAGGCAAGAUAUUACUGCUGCCUUAAAACUUGUACAUUUCAUACAUUUCUCACUUUGUAAUCAUGUGUUUCUACCAUCUCACUGGCUUUAUGGUAAUUUGUCUUCAGUUUCCUUAUGGCCUUACUUUUUGUUUUCUAUGCAUAAACAUUGUCUUGUUGAUUUCCAGACGUAGGGUCUUACUCCUUUGGAGGAUGUGACAUAAGAUUGUCUACACGUACUUCCUCAGAUGCGUUUUUAUUUUCCAGUGAACAUGAAAGUUGUUUAGUUUAAAAAAAAAAGGAUGCAAGUUUAAAAAAGGAUAUCCAGGAUGUGUGUGAAACACUGUUGUACGGUGUUUUUUCUGCAAAUGUAAUUUAAGUUGACUCAUCCACUCAGCUCCCCAUCCCUCAUUACACUUCUUUUGGUUUUCCUCUGUACAUUGCUGUGGGUGUGAAAAUAGUAUUUUAAUAUUUGUAUAAAGUUUAAUUUAAUUCUACAGUGUGUAUAUAACUAUUUCUAAUUAAAGCUUUCAUUUGAAGUGCA